UGAGCUGCAGCUCAACGCAACGUGCACGGGGAGCGCUCCCAACGCUCACUCAAACUGCUCUCUGUUUAAAAGUCAAAGUCUCUCUCUCCUCUCUCUCUCUCUACGCUGGUCCGUACACACACACACGAACACAGGCGCGGGGGGGGGGGAAGAGAGAGAGAGAGGGAGGGAGACAGCGAACAAACUCGCCCCGAGGUUAGUCACACAUCACAGCAGCCUCGACGCGUAGCGAGUUCCCCGCAACUUCGUACCCGCAGAGGUGCGACACGCAACGCGCAAGUGUCCAUCACGUUCCGUUUCAGAGUUAAACAGAAUACAAUGGAAAUGCCAUGACAUGGGCUGCAGAGUUCCCAUAUCAGCGGACGACAGUGAAGCCAGAGAUGCGAUGGCCGAAUUCUGCCGUUUGAAAGUGGAGGACUUCUAUGACAUCCAUGGGGUUCUUGGGAGCGGGCAGUUUGCAGUCGUGAAGAAAUGCUGUGAGAAAAAGUCCGGCCUGGAGUUCGCUGCCAAGUUCAUCAAGAAGCGACGGUCACGCAGCUCUAGACGGGGAGUGGUGCCCGAGGAUAUUAAGCGGGAAGUGAGCAUCCUGCGCGAGCUGCGGCACCCCAACAUCAUCAGCCUGCACGAGGUGUACGAGAACGACACCGACGUGACCCUCAUCCUCGAGCUGGUAUCUGGCGGGGAGCUGUUUGAUUUCCUAGCUCACAAGGAGUCGCUGUCAGAGGAUGAAGCCACAGAGUUCCUGAAGCAAAUUCUGGACGGUGUGAGUUACCUGCACUGCAGGCGCAUAGCCCACUUUGAUCUCAAGCCUGAGAACAUAAUGCUGCUGGAAAACCGUGCACCUAAAGCUCAUGUCAAGAUCAUUGACUUCGGACUGGCGCAAAGCAUUGUGGACGGUGUGGAGUUUAGACAUAUUUUCGGGACACCUGAAUUUGUAGCACCAGAGAUUGUCAACUACGAGCCUCUCGGAGUGCAAGCUGAUAUGUGGAGCAUUGGAGUAAUGACAUACAUUCUGCUGAGUGGGGCCUCCCCAUUCCUGGGUGACACCAAGGAGGAGACCCUGAGCAACAUCUCAGCCGUGGAAUACAAGUUUGACGAGGAGUAUUUCAAGCAAACCAGCGCUCUUGCCAAAAAUUUCAUUCAAAGACUGCUUUUAAAAAGCCCCAAAGAAAGAAUGAAUGUUGAAGAGGCCAUACACCAUCCUUGGAUUAAGCCAAAGGACAAACAUCAACUGCUGCACAGAAAAUUGUCCUUCAUUAACCUGGAGAAUCUCAAGAGCUUCAAUGCACGCAGGAAGUGGAGGCUCUCAUUGCGAGUGGUGCGGUUGUGCAACCAGCUCUCACGUGCACACAUGCCCAAAGCUGGGACUGAGCAGAACCAUGCUUCCUGCACUACCCACAUGGUGGACUCGGACUGUGCGAGCGGGGACGAGGACGGUUUGACAAUGGCGCUGGAUCGACUGCCCAGGGAGACUCGCGCCGUCCACAUGGACGCGUGCGACGAAGCCGGGGCCCAGCCGAGCCUCAACGGGGCUCGCUAGACAUGAACGGCUCACGCGGCCACGGAUUCGUGAAUGUCUGAAUUCUUUCAUGCCUCGUUUUUGAAUGUCGGUUAAAUGAAUAAUUUAAUAGUUAUGUAAUUUUUUUGUUGUUCAUGCAAAUACGCAUCUCUUUUUUCUCUGAAGAAAGAUAUUAAACAUCUUUACUUGGUUUUGGCUUAGUAUGUAGGCACUUUCAUGUAUUGGCAAUAACUUAGAUACCUCGUCAUUAAAUGCAACAAAACCUUCAAAUUUGUCAUACAGUUGACAUCGAAUUACUACGGUGAUUGCAAUUUGAGCUCAGUCGAUUGUGCUUGAACGGCAUCUCAUGGACGGCCACCACAUGUCUGACUUUGUCCUGAACAGAGGAUAAAUUGGCGAUCACAUGUGGGUGGCAGAAAUGAUGCAACUCGGAUAAUAUACGAUCCAUCUGUAGGACUUCGGAAAAGUCACUUGCUUGGGUUAUUGCCUGGACAACACCACUCCCAUCCCUUGGCACUCUUCCCCUCCACGCUGUUUGCAAUAACAACAGCACCCGCCAUUCGCCACUAAGUGACGGUGAUGUCACCACGUCGCCUGUGCCAGGCCAAGUGCACUUUGAGGCCACAUGAAGUCACGUGAUUGCAAUACAUCCAGUCGCACCCACGUACCCCCGAGGUGGCAUGCGAACUUUAAUGGUAUUCAAACAUAAAUGCACUCUAUUCGUAUGUAUACUUUAAAUUGAAGCCUAAGGCUAGCUUUUACUUGAUCGGUUAUUAUAAUUGGCCCACAGUGGAAAUUAAAUGUACAUUAGAAGAAGUUCGUUAAUGGGCGCACGUUUUGCCUUUGGAAUUGUUAACGCCUCCCUCUCUGUCCCAAGGUACAUGACACUUGCAUAGCAACAUUCUAUUUGGGUUUACGUAGCAUGAGUCAUAUAUAUAAGUCUCUCACUUAAUUAUCAAAUUGCAUUUACAAGCAAUAUAGAAUGCGUGCCUUCACCUGUGUGUUUUGUAUAACAGCACUGUAUAUGCCUCUGUUGCCAGGGCAACAAACAGCAAAUAUUUACACCAUGGAUGAAAUUAUUUUAAAAAGGGUCUUAAUUUUUCAUCAGCAUUUGUUUAUAUACCUGUUUCUUUCGGUAAAGUCACGUAGAUAGAAAAUAAUAAUUUAAAAUUUUACAAUUAAUUGAAAAUAAUACCAGUUUUGUUUUAACACACCAUGGCAUCUGGGCACCUGCUGUACUGCUUUAUCAUGAUGCUGCUUUUUCAAAGAAAAUUGCUAAGUUAAAGUAACAUUUAUACUGAGCGUUUAGUGACCCAAAAAGAUAGCUUAAUUUUGGGAAACGCAGAAAAUGUAUUUACAUUUUUCCUUUUAUAUUUUACCAACACUUUCUUAAAAUUAUAAAUGUUGUACAGUGUGGUUUAUUUAUAGGGAUUUUAUCUAUUUCCUUCUGCUAAUAUUUUAACCAGCAGUGAGAAAUUAUUUUUAGAAAAAAAAUGUUAUCUGGUCAUCUGCCAAAACAUGUGACCCACAUCCACCUUCAUGAUGGUCAAGUGGAAGUAACCUCUACUUUUUGUAUUGAAAUGUACUUUAUACAGUAUCUUCAAAAGGUCUGUUGACUGAACACAAAAAAACUCAAUUGUCUUUUAAUAAGUAUGAAAUCCAGAAGUUUUUUUUCUGUCGACUAAAAAUGCAAAAGUAUAAUCAAUGAAUCUACGACCCUUUUUCAAUUAACUGCUGGAUGGAAGUCUUACCACACCUUUUCGGUCAUGGGGGUUGGUUCACCAGACUGCACCACGUGAUCAGUUGCGGGUUGGUGAAGAAAUGUUAGCAGGACGUCUUCAGAUUAGGAGCUUUAAAAUUGUGGCAUCUGUGAAAAAAGCUGGCAAAAAAUGGUUAUCGGUUUUCCGCAUGUACAGAAAUCUCUAGCAAUAAGCAUAACAUUGUUAACUUUUUAACUGAGACACAAAGGCAGCUGCCACAUUGAAUUAUUUUGAACUUCUUUCGCGCCGUACAUAGCUAACCUUGCUAAUCGGAUGUGCUGUGGUGUCAUUGUUAGAACACUGGCUUUGAAAUGCAGAGGUGGCCGGUUCAAUUCCAUCUGCUGAAGCAGCAGUUGUGCAAAUUGGACAAGUUUCUUAAAUCCACUAUCCCCUCUCCUCUGUCCGCCUUGGUACACCACUAUAUAUCGGAAGGUCACGUGUGGUGGGGUAAAAUGUGGGCACUCCAACCUCUUCCAAGACGUCUGGUCAGCGUGGAAGUGUAGGCCAAUAUACUCUCUAGACGCAAUCUCUAGAACUCUCUCGUGGAGGUCCUUCCUCCAGCAGUGGAGUGAGCAAGCAGUUUUGGAGUUUUACCUUCACCUUUUAACUGAGAAAUGAGCGGGCAAAUGUGACUUAAACCGCCGUGCCAUUUGUAGGUUCCCGCAUGCCUAUCGGUGCAUUAACUACGAAGGUUUCCACUGGAAUCGGUAACCGGUUCCUGACUUUCGGGAACUGGUGGUUAAUUCUGUAAACAGUCAUCGGUUUGCCUACGGUUGAACAACCCUCAUUCAUCAUCGGACAUACUUUGCCAGUACCAAAAUAUAAUACAAGGAUGAAUGUCAAGGAUUCAUGUCAUAAAUCCUUGUAAAAAAAGGUUUCAGUUUUGUUGCCAGAAAAAAGGGGAAAAACCCUGUUAUUCUAUUUUGGUACUGGCAAAGGAGGUCUAAUGAUGUAGAUGCUUAACCCCGAACCCUCAUUACUUUCAUAGUGCAUUGUCUAUGAGCUGUACGCCUUUUGGCGUCAUCUGGUCUCGCACCAAUUGAGACGAGGCUCUAAAGAAAGCCGUCUCUGGGUUGGACCAAUCAGUUUCAAGGACAAUACAUAUAUUAUCAU